AUGGAUGGUGCUACUGGCCGCGACGGGAACUGUGGGCCCGCUGGAGGAAUGUCUACUGUGUCGCAAAAGCGCAAGGCAGUUGAAGUCGCUUGGUUCAUCAUGCACGUUGGACAACGCGGCGCGGUCGGUGAUCCAAUCACUGUCUCCAACACUUCUCUCAUGGUGGGCUCUUGA